AUGGAUAGAAACCCUAUCCAUCCACCACCCCUGCAAGGAAUGACUAUGAGAUCAAGCCUCAGAUCAUUGCAUUGCACUACAAGAUCCAAUGGAGUCUCUGCUGACUACCUUAAGUGCAAGCUCUUUUCAUUCUCUCUUGGCGACAAAGCUUCAAGAUGGUUGAAGUCUCUGCCAGCUCACUCCAUCACCACUUGGGAUGAGUACAAGGCUGCAUUCAUCAACCACUUCUACACCAAGCAAAGAUCAAUUUCUGUGAGAAACAAGAUCUCCACUUUCGCCAAGCCAACAAUGAAUCUUUCUAUGAGGCGCUAG